CCCUCUGAUUUUAGCUCUUCUGAUUCUGACCAUCGCUGGCCUCUUACUACUGUUUCUCUAUAAGAAGUACCAGUCUAAAGGCGAUGAUUCUCAAACCGGACAUGGGAACACUGAAGUGGUUUCUCACACUGCUUGUGAUUAUGAGGAAAUUAAAGACACUCACAAACAAUUACCCACAAACCCCUCUGGCUCAUCUAGCGUUGUUUACGCCACUGCUGAAUUACCCACAAACCCCUCUGGCUCUUCUAGCGCUGUUUACGCCACUGCUCAAUUACCCACAAACCCCUCUGACUCUUCUAGCGCUGUUUACGCCACUGCUCAAUUACCCACAAACCCCUGUGAUUCCUGUCUUUACUCUACAGUUCAGGAAGCCUCUGGUGACUCUCAGAUCUGCAUCUCAUCUGCACAGGGUCUGAAUUACGCAGUGGUGAAUUUCCACAAGACACCAGACUGUCCUGACAGUGUCAGUUUGAGGAAUCAUCAGGAGUGCAGUGAAUAUGCUGCUGUCAAUCAUCAUCUCACUGCUUGAAGAGACUAGAAUGAACUGAGAGUUUUUUUAUCAUCUGGUUUUUGGCAUUAGGUGUCCAUGUUUAGUAUUCAUUACUUUGCUUGUAAAUUACUUGUGUUAAUUAUUUGAUGCUGCAUUUAAAACAUAGGUUGCGUCUGAAAUCGCAUACUUCCAUACUAUAUAGUACGCUAAAAACAGUAUGUGAGCCGAGUAGUAUGUCAGAAUUGAUAGAAUUCGAAAAACAGUAUGCGAGAAGUACCCAGAUGACCUAUUACUUCCGGUGAGAUUCUGAAGUGCACAUCCGAUGGACGCUACGCUCUCCCAUGAUGCACCGUGAGAGAAUUCAUGAAUGGGAGUGAAGCGACACAACUGAUACGAGGUGUACAUUAUUGUGGGGAUGGUAAACGGGGUGAAUCGUGUGACUGUGAGUGGGGAGAAUCUGGUCUGCCUGUGACAGGAACACAGAGCUGUAUAUUGAAGCCUAAUAUGAAGUUGUUCUUUAAUUUUAAACUACACACUUGACCACUUGGAUUUCUUGCUGAUGACUUUAAUUGGGGAUGUUGCCAGAUGAUGGCGGGAAUACUGAUGGAGAAAUUAAAACAAUCCACCCAUGUUGAGGAUACAUUUGCAUCAUUAUAUAUUCUGGACAAAGCUUUCUGGUAGAUUCUGGGACAGCUACUUUAUCAAUCUCUAUCUCUCUCACACACACACACACACACUUACACUUACUCUCUUAGAGGAAGUGAGCAUUUGUCACAUUUUUGUUUAACCAGGAAAUGAAGUCAACCCUGAUCUGAAGACGAGAGCUUACUAUCGGAUGCCUCUUUGUCUGUUCAGAGAACCUGUCUGAAGAAUUUGUUUCACUUACUCUUUUUCUGUCUCUCUUUCUAUCUCAGAGGAAAUGGGUGUCUAUCAAUCGUGUUCAUCUCUUCAUGUUCAACCAGGAAGGAAAGAGUCAAAGCUGAUCUGAACAGGAGAGUUUGAGAAGAGCUGAAUCUACUACUGACAGAAGAUCAGUGAAUAAGAGAGAAGAAUGAAGAUCAUCUGGACUUUCAGUCUGCUCAUGAUUCCUGGUGUGUUGAGCUCCAUCAGUGUGACAGGAUAUUCAGGAGGCGGAGCCAUGAUCACAUGCAAAUAUGAUAAAGGAUAUGAGACAAAUGCAAAGUAUUUUUGUAAAGGAGAGUGGUCAGAGUGCACAGACAAAAUCAAGACGGGAACUAAAGACACAUGGUUUAAGUCUGGAAGAUUCUCUCUGUAUGACGACACAACAGCAGCAGUUUUCACUGUGACCAUCAGAGAUCUGACAGAACAGGAUUCUGACAUUUAUUACUGUGGAACUGAUAUAUAUGCAAAAGUAGAUUCUGCAACUGAAGUGAAUCUGAAAGUUAUAACAGGUCCAAAAAUCAGCACGGUGAGAGGAUACGCAGGAGGAACAGUUAUUAUUGACUACGAAUAUGGGAAACAACACAAGUACCAACAGAAAUAUUUUUGUAAAUGUGGAGCAGAUCAAUGUAGACAAAUCUACACCAGCAAAUCUGGCAUCCAAUUCUCUAUUGAUGAUGACAGAUCUGCAGGUCUCUUACAUGUACUCAUUGAAGAGCUGAAGCAAUACAAUUCUGGGAAAUAUUGCAUUGUGGUCAGAGCUUCCGAAGACUACAGCUUGUUCUCUGAGUUUGAGCUGGUCAUCACAGACGCUGCUUGCUGUCAGAAGAGCAUCAGUCUAUCAGCUGCUGCAGGAGGAUCUGUCAACAUCAGCUGCAAAUACCCACAAUCCCACACUGCUGAUGUCAAGUUCAUCUGCAGGAGAUCUGGAGCUGAUCUCUGUGCUAAAGAGACGCGGUCUGAGGAGGAGAGCGGAGGAAGAAAAGCUGAGGGAAAGAUCCGGCUGUAUGAUGACAGAGAAGAGCAGCUCCUGACGGCAACCAUCAGUCAUGAGAGUCCAGAACAUUCAGCUGAAUACUGGUGUGGAGUUCAGUCUGCAGGACACAAGAGCUUCAUCACACGAGUGAUCAUCAGCUUCACUGAUGCAGAAAAAACUUCACCUCAACCAUCUUCAUUACCAUCCUCUUCAUCUUCACCACCACCAUCCUCAUCAUUGGUUGAAUCUCCACUGCAGAGAAUGUGUGUUAGAAAAUGAUUCCUAUUAUAGGAGUCUGAGAUGUUCAGUUUUCAAGGCCCAAAUGGACUCUGAGCACCUAAAGACACCUAUUAUGUAAAUAGGACAUUUAUAUUAAAAGUACAUAGGCUGGAAUAUCAGAAGAAAAGUUUCCUGCAGAUCAGAGAUAGCUUGUUUGAUUUGAUGAAUUAACAUUUUCUUUUUGUUGUCCAUGGCUUGUCAGUUUUGUAUUUAAGUCUUUAGCUUUUAA